AUGAUGGCCGUCAGGUCGCCACUAUCUGUCCUACCCUAUCGCGACGCUACAAGCCCGGCCUACUACUCUCCACCUUCAGCCCCUAUGUCUAUCGAUGGCGUUUCCAUCGAGGUCACUAAGAGCUCCCACUCCUCACCCGACGUGAUAAAUCGGGAUAACCUAUUGGGUAACUCGGUCCCCGAUGAUGAGACCAAAACAAACGGAGAUGGCCCUGCAAAAGCAAUACGUGGAUUGGGAACAUCCCCUCAGCCAGAGCUCACAAUCCAAACCGGGUAUACAAAUCACGGCCUCAGCACGAGAUCGGACGAGGACGAACCCCCACAAUCAGUGAUACAUGCUCCACCUGGAUUUGGAGACUUUGCACCAAUGCAACCCACGAUUGAGGGUCCCGACGAGUUGCAAUCGUCCGGCUCAGAUGAACAACCCGAUUUAAUAAGUGUACCAGCAAAGACCAAAAAAGGCAACAGUCCAAUCUCACCCCCUCCGUUAACAACUACCGUUGACCCAACAUUCGAUUUUUCGGAGCGAGCAACGCCCCGUGCGCAGACGAGACAUGAGUUUGAAGAAUUUGACCGACGUACUCGUUCAAGCAGUUUAGAAGAUAUCCCCGAAGGACUAACUAGCAAAGAGGCCGAAAUCAAUGCUCUGAGAGAUGCUCUCGCUGAAUGUUGGACACUAUGCAAUACACUGGCCAAUCUCAGUUAUAUUCAUCGCGAACGUCUCUUGAAAUCGUACAGUGAUGAUAUGCAGGAGGAUGCCUGGAGGUCAUGUUGGCGACUUUGCCAGAAACUCUAUGACACAAGAGACGACGACUAUGCAUCUCAAAUUCAUCCAACUCUGGAUCUCUGUCGAGAUUUUUGCCAGGCAUUAUUUGAAGCCCGAACCCGCGACGCUGACGUCUCUGACUCGGUCUUGCGAGUCAGUUUUGAACUGAAUAAUCACCUGUACAACACCCACGAUCGGAAUCUUCCAGAUGCUUUCCGCGAGAGAACUUUGGAUUUCUAUAUCACACUAUGCCAUCGACUUAUGAAGCAACGGACUCGUAUGACAGAGACUGACUCUUUACUGAGCGCUUGUUGGACAUUGGCUGAGAUGCUGUUUAGCAUUCGCCAAAGCAAGAGAGAAGAUAAGCCACUGGAUGAAGAGUUGCUGGGGUCAGCGGUCCAGGCAUGCUGGGAGCUUUGUGACAUCUUCCGCGAGGGCUGGACGUUGCACAACUUGCGCAAUUCUGAUCGAGGGACACCACGACCAAGCCAAACCACUUUCUCACAAGCAUUCCAUCAAGCGUCUCAGCAGUCGGAACUUGAUUUUGGGGAUGAUCCACUUAGCCAACUGGGCAACCCUGAAACUCCGACAACCAUCUUCGAAGAUGCAACCAUCUCCCCCGACGAGGCACCGAUCCCCAACAUUCUCGUUCUAGGGUACGGUAAUACUCACAAUCCCCACACUAAGUGGUCAUCUAAUGCAUCGAGUAUCUCGGAGAAGUCACGGUCCUCGGGACAUACCGCAUCAUCGGUCAACACUGUGACCACCGUCUCAGAGGACCCCAACCUCAUGCGGUUGAAGAUUUUGAUCACCAGGGCUGCUAUCGACAGUGGAUAUCAACGAGGCGGUACCCAGAAUCUGUCCUCAUUUGUGAAAUCCCUCCCAUCUGAUGCCUUCGGCUCUGCGGCCUGGCAGACCUCGUUGCUGAAGAAUUAUAAGAAAGUCGUGUCAUUUGAUCCGGCAUUCAGAAAUGUCGGCAUACAGGCUCGGGUAGGUGCCGUUGAUGUCGCGCAUGCUUGUCAGGCGAUGCUGCAAGGUGGCCAGUAUUCCUGGCUUCGCGAUCUCUACCGGUUUGUCUUCGGGUUUCAUCUAGAAGAAUCGAUGGGUCGCAAAGGUGUGGCUAUUCAAACGUAG